AUGCUGCGAAUCUGGACACUUUCGCUGCUGCUGGGAGCAGUAGUAGGAAACGAAGUUUGCUAUGAGAGACUCGGCUGCUUCAGUGACGAUUCGCCGUGGGCCGGGAUUGUGGAAAGACCUCUCAAAAUAUUGCCCUGGUCUCCAGAAAAGGUCAACACCCACUUCCUCCUGUACACUAACGAGAACCCAGACAACUUUCAAGAAAUCGUUGCAGAUCCUUCAACUAUCGAGAGCUCCAAUUUCAACACAGGUAGAAAAACCCGCUUUAUUAUUCAUGGAUUCAUAGACAAGGGAGAAGAAAGCUGGCUGUCCACUAUGUGCCAGAACAUGUUUAAGGUGGAAAGUGUGAACUGUAUCUGUGUGGACUGGAAAAGUGGCUCCCGCACCGCAUACUCACAGGCUUCACAGAACGUCCGGAUUGUGGGGGCAGAAGUGGCAUAUCUUGUUGGAGUUCUUCAGUCAUCAUUCGACUACUCUCCUUCCAACGUCCACAUCAUUGGCCAUAGCCUGGGUUCUCACGCUGCUGGGGAGGCUGGAAGGAGGACCAAUGGGGCCGUUGGACGGAUCACAGGGUUGGAUCCAGCUGAACCUUGCUUUCAGGGCACACCCGAAUUAGUCCGAUUGGACCCCAGCGAUGCCCAAUUUGUGGAUGUAAUUCACACAGACAUUGCCCCCUUCAUCCCCAACUUGGGGUUUGGAGUGAGCCAAACUGCAGGCCACCUGGAUUUCUUUCCAAAUGGAGGAAAAGAAAUGCCCGGAUGUCAAAAGAACGUUCUCUCUCAGAUUGUUGACAUAGACGGGAUCUGGCAAGGAACUCGUGACUUUGCGGCCUGUAAUCACUUAAGAAGCUACAAGUAUUACACUGAUAGCAUCCUCAACCCUGAUGGCUUUGCUGGAUUCUCUUGUGCCUCUUACAGUGAUUUCACUGCAAACAAGUGCUUCCCCUGUUCAAGUGAAGGCUGCCCACAGAUGGGUCAUUAUGCUGAUAGAUUUCCUGGGAGAACAAAAGGAGUGGGCCAGCUAUUUUAUCUAAACACCGGUGAUGCCAGCAAUUUUGCCCGUUGGAGGUAUAGGGUAGAUGUCACACUGUCUGGAAAGAAGGUUACAGGACACGUGCUAGUUUCUUUGUUUGGAAAUAAAGGGAACUCUAGGCAGUAUGAAAUUUUCCAGGGCACUCUCAAACCAGACAAUACUUAUUCCAAUGAAUUUGACUCAGAUGUGGAAGUUGGAGAUUUGGAGAAGGUUAAAUUUAUUUGGUACAACAAUGUGAUCAACCUAACUCUACCCAAAGUAGGAGCAUCCAAGAUCACAGUGGAAAGAAACGAUGGAAGUGUGUUCAACUUCUGUAGUGAAGAAACCGUGAGGGAAGAUGUUCUGCUCACUCUCACUGCGUGUUAG